CAUUUCCCCCUUUCUUCCUCAUCACUCCAUUCUUCCUUCUUCAACCUUCCAAUUCCCAUCCUUCCUAUGGCUUCCUCUGAUAAUUUCCCCUCCUUUCUUAACACUUGGUCCUUCCGCUCCACCUUCCAAGACCCAUGGCUUUCCGAUCCUUUCUCCCGCGAAACUCAAUCUCUCACCAGAGCUCUUCAAUCUUCCCUUCUCCCUUCCUCCGAUACUCCCCACUCCUCCUUCCUCGACCUCAUCUCCCCCGAUUCCAACGACCCCACUCCCACCGUUUCAGGUAUCUCCGCUGGUGCCGCUCCCGAGCUCGACACCCCCCCUCCUCCUCCCUCCUCCAAGCGACACAGGUCUACUAUUCCCCCUACAGGCGGGAAGGUCUCCAAGCGCAAAUCUAGAGCUUCCAAGAAUCAUACAACGUUUAUUACGGCCGACCCGGCCAACUUCCGGCAGAUGGUACAGCAAGUCACGGGUGUUAGGUUUGGUAACUCCCAAAUCCAGAUUCCCCCAAUUCUUAAACCCGAGCCGCAAAGGGUCAGUGCUCGUUUCUCUGUGUGCGGCGGUGAUGGACUUCCGACGCUUGAUACAUCCGCGUUUUUGCUUAACAACACCCACCACCAGCAGCAGCAGCAGCAGCAGAGCUCCGGGAGUGGAUCGGAAAUUACUCAACCGGGUCCGGUUUCGUUUGGGUCGGAGUUGGAGUUAGAGUUACCGAAUCACGGUCCAAUCGGGUCGGAUUUUGAUACAUUUUCGUCUUUUCCUACUCUUGAGUCGUGGAAGGCUGUCAUCUGAUUGUGGAAUUGGAUAGAUAAUUUUCUCCCUUUUUUUCUUGAUUUUAUUUUAUUUUUGGAAAUUAAUAUUUAGUUUUUUUUUUUUUUUUUUGAGGUAGUAAGAUGAUGGGAUGGACAUAAGGUUUUUUUUUCUUUUUUCUUUUUUGGAAAUUAGUGGUGUAAUGUAACGCUAAAAAUAGUAAAAUUAUCAAUGCCUACUUUUUUUUUUUCCUUCCAA